UGUGGCAGCUGACACAUGGAUAACUUGCUGAAACUGAGAGAGACAGGAAGGACAGUCACUAGUUUAAUCUUCGUGAACAUAUACUUCAAAUCUUUUUCAAAAAAAUUGUUUUCUAAUCUUUGGAGUCAUCAGAAAAAAGCACAGGAAGAUGGCCUUACCUGCUGCCUGUCUGUCUGAGGACCAGUUCACCUGCUCAAUCUGUCUGGAGGUGUUCAACAAUCCGGUCUCAACACCAUGUGGUCACAGUUUCUGCCAGUCCUGUAUCUGUUCCUACUGGGACCGAGGAGGGGGAGGACAGAGUGCAAAGUCUUAUCAGUGUCCCAUGUGCAAGGAGUCCUUCCAGAAGCGUCCAGAACUACAUAUCAAUCGAACUCUGAAGGAAAUUACUGAACAGUUCAAGCAGCUGGCCAGCUCUGGUUUGUCAUCAGCAGACAGUGCUGUGGUACGGGGGUCUCCUAACGCACAGCCUCACCCUAAUCUGCCUGCUCCUCCAAGACACGGGGACAUGCCCGAGAGUAUUUUUGUAGAGAUGGUGGCACGCUUUCAGCGGCUGAACCCUGCUGGGAUGCCACACGUCGGUUCUCCUGAACCUCAAAGCUACUUCUUUCAGACUCAAAACAACAGACUCCUUGAGCCACCACCACCACC